GAUAAAUCUGAGAUAAAUGUGGGUUAAAUCUGAUCUGGAUCCGUCAUAAAAUCAGGGUCUCCAAACGCACAGUGGUCCAGUCUCAGCAUGGAUCUGCUUCUGGGUUCAGACUGAUAGCGGAUCAGAACCAGGACAGAUUUUACAGCGUUUAUUACUGUUGUAAGUGUAACAGAGUAAUAAAAUACCUUUGUUUUAGAUGAACUUUAUAAAAUGAGAUACUUUAAUGCUGUUAAAUGAAGUUUUGGCGGCCCCUGCUGUUUAGUGGUGAACUGCAGUUACGCUACGUUUGGUCUUUCUGAGCCACCGUACCUCAGCAGCGGUCUGUGUGUUUCUGUGCUGCGGAAAUGAAAAUAUUCCCCUGAAAUUCAUCACCAACAACCAGGAUAUUUAACUAAGAGCAGUGUUAAACUGCUGAAAGAGGUGAAGCAGAAGCCAUCCUGAAGAAUCUCCAGAACACACAGAAAUUGUUGCAUUUAACAGACAAAUGAAGCCAAGUCCCGACAUGGAGAAACAUCAGCACUCUGUCAAGAGUUUUACUAAACAGAGUCAUCUCAAAAUACACCAGCGCAUUCACACAGGAGAGAAACCGCAUCACUGCUCAGACUGUGGGAAGAGUUUUACUAAACAGAGUGAUCUCAAAAAACACCAGCGCAUUCACACAGGAGAGAAACCGUAUUACUGCUCAGACUGUGGGAAGAGUUUUACUAAACAGAGUGAUCUCAAAAAACACCAGCGCAUUCACACAGGAGAGAAACCGUAUUACUGCUCAGACUGUGGGAAGAGUUUUACUGAACAGAGUACUCUCAAAAAACACCAGCGCAUUCACACAGGAGAGAAACCGUAUCACUGCUCAGACUGUGGGAAGAGAUUUACUACAAAGAGUCAUCUCAAAAUACACCAGCGCAUUCACACAGGAGAGAAACCGUAUCACUGCUCAGACUGUGGGAAGAGAUUUACUCAACAGAGAGAUCUCAAAAUACACCAGCGCAUUCACUCAGGAGAGAAACCGUAUCACUGCUCAGACUGUGGCACAAGUUUUAAUCAACUGGGGACUCUCAAACUGCAUCAGCGCAUUCACACAGGAGAGAAACCAUAUUACUGCUCAGGCUGUGGGAAGUGUUUUACUCAACAGAGUACUCUCAUAAAACACCAGCGCAUUCACACAGGAGAGAAACCGUAUCACUGUUUAUACUGUGGGAAGAGUUUUAAUCAACAGAGUCAUUUCAAAAUACACCAGCGCAUUCACACAGGUGAGAAACCGUAUCACUGCUCAGACUGUGGGAAGAGUUUUACUAAAAAGGGUACUCUCAAUAAUCACCAGCGCAUUCACACAGGAGUGAGACCAUAUUACUGCUCAGAAUGUGGGAACAGUUUUACUCAGCAGAGUCAUCUCAAUAAACACCAGCGCAUUCACACAGGACAGAAAACUAAUUUUCAAUUAAAAUCUUUUGGACAGAACACCUUAAUCCUACAUGUUCCACCAGAAACAAACAUGAACUGAAUUUAAUAAUGGAUUUUACAGGUUCAGCAAAAUGAAUCUUAUCCAGCAAUCAUGUUUAUUGAAUUCCAUGUUGUGUUUUCUCGUAUGUUUGAUAUUUCAGGACAUUCUUUGUGAGACAGAGCUCAGUUUUUAGAUUAGAUUAGAUUAGAUAAUACUUUAUUGUCAGAUCCAUGAUCUGAAAUUUGUUUUGCAUAAAAACAGUAGCUCCGUUACAACAUCAUACAUUAACAACACAACAUAUAAGGGCACAAACAACCAUUAUAAAAGGGGAAAAAAAAAGAAAAGGGUAGUUUAGGUAGUUACGGUAAGAGUUCAGUUCUGGAGAA